AUGAGGGCCGUGGGCGACCCCACUCCCGGGGUGCGUGGGCUGUGCUUCGUCAAUGUGACCUUUACCGCCGCAAUCGUCCUGGACCUGUCGAGCUUCGCCGCGCCCCAGCAGACCCUCAACAUUACGCUGCUGCAGUGUGUCUUUAUUGGCCUGUCGAUCAAGGGGAGUGGCGAGCGCGUGUACGUGAACGUGACGUCCUCGCUGUUGGAUUCGGGGCAUCUGCAGUUCUUGGGUUCUUUUGGUGCGGGCUCCCAGAUAUUGCUGGCAGGCAGUGUGAUCUUGGCGACAUCGCACCACGCCGUUUACUUCCCGACGUUUUCUCUUGGGGUGAAGUCGACUCUGCUGCUGCUCGACAACCGGAUCAAGGCGAGUAAUUACGCCGUCAACUUCCCCGAUGGGCUUCUCAUUGAUGGGGGCGGGGUCGUGAUGAAGGGAAACACGCUGAGGGUAACAGACAAGAGCGCGACGGCAAAUUCCGCCGUGUAUGCGGACGCUGUUGGUGUGAAGAACGGUGGCUACUUUGACGUCGAGAACAACACGAUGAGCGGAGCUCAAGGUAUCUAUAUUUAUAUGGGGUUUGCCGUGAGCUCCGCGGGGCUGCUGAGAGUGGCGGACUGCACCUUCGUCGGCAGCGCCUAUGCGUCUUAUACUUCGCUGUUGUAUGUCUCGUCCAGAAAAUUUAACCUCGAGAGUGGUGGGCAGUUGCGUGUGGAGGACAACAACGUGAGCACAGCCUCGGUAUUUUCUGUGGCAGAUGCCUGGUCACCCCUUAGGCUCUCGGGCAGCGGCACUACUGUGGUGUUUGCACGCAACCGUCAGGCGGACGCGAGUAAAUCAUUUGUUGGUGGUAAUUUAUCACUCAGAGUGGUGAUGACUUCACCCGCGCAGUUUUUGGCGGGGUGCAACCUGCAGGGCGAUGAGGAGGCGUCGUACGGCAAUAGGUUUCCGAAGUCGUUGCAGUUCAGCUGCGGCACAUGCAAGGACGAAGCGGCGUGCUACAUGCCCGGGACGGAGUCGGUGGACGGCGGUUCGUGCUCGUGCAGCUGCAAAGACGGACGGCAUGGCGCGUCGUGCCUUCCCUUCGAGGUGCCCGACAUCGUUGUGCCGCCAUUAGCGGAGAGAGCCGUCGACGACAACACGAGCUGCGUGGUGGGCCAGACGCUGACGGAGCUCACGCUGGAGAUGUGGAAGACGCACCACUGCUACGUGGGUGUGACGUUCAGUGGCGAGAGGGCUGUGCUGACGUUUUAUUUUUCUCGUAUGCCGCUGCAUCUCCCCAUCAACAUCACCUUCUCUGGAUGCACAUUUUUGGGCGGGGCCGCGCUGCUGUUUGUCGGAGAUAAUGAGGCGGCCGAGUCCGCCGGCGUGCUGAUCCGCGUGAGCCAGACGGUGAUGAAGUCCUCCGUUGUGGCUUUUUCAGGUUCCCCGCCGCAGCGUUGCGACAUCGCCGUCACGGGGGUCGACGCGGUGCAGUCCUCCUCCGUCUAUUUGCCGGAGGUGGGAUACAGCUACGCUAGCGUGGUGCUGCUGCAGGAGGUCUUGUUGACUGCCUCUUCGCUGUUGGUCAGCGACGUCAAGGCGCGUGCGUCAGUUGGUUUUUUUGCCGACUGGUCUUCUGUUUUCCCAGCAACUGACGUUGUUGAGAGGCAGCUCGCUGUACGUGCGGUAUUGCAGCUUCGAAAAAUACACGUACAUGGUCUACACGUAUCGGCUGAGUGUCAGUGA